AUGGCCCACAAGCUCGCCUCCGCCCAGCCGUCGUGGCAGAAGCUGCAGCAGCUGUACGAGUCCAAGGGCAAGCAGUACAACCUCACCCAGGCCUUCAAGGCCGACGCCAGCCGCUUCGACACCUACUCUCGCGAGUGGAAGUCGGACAAGGUCGACGCCCGCAUCCUGCUCGACUUUUCCAAGAACCUCAUCGACGAUGAGAUCUUCAACCAGCUCCUCUCGCUCGCCCAGGAGGCCGAGGUCAAGAAGCAGAUCGACCAGAUGUUUGCCGGCGACCACAUCAACACGUCCGAGGACCGCGCCGUCCUUCACGUCGCCCUCCGUGACGUCGAGGGUGAGUUCAAGAUCAACGAGGCCGGCGUCGACGAGGUCAAGCCCGAGCUCGAGCACAUGAAGCGCUUCUCGGACGCCGUCCGCUCCGGCGAGUGGAAGGGCUAUACGGGCAAGCCCAUCAAGAGCAUCGUCAACAUCGGCAUCGGCGGAUCCGACCUCGGCCCCGUCAUGGUCACCGAGGCCCUCAAGCCCUACGCCAAGCGCGACCUCGACGCCCACUUUGUCUCCAACAUCGACGGCACCCACAUGGCCGAGACGCUGCGCGUCUGCGACCCCGAGACGACCCUCUUCAUCGUCGCCUCCAAGACGUUCACCACCCAGGAGACCAUCACCAACGCCACGACGGCGCGCGACUGGUUCCUCGAGGCCGCCAAGGACAAGGCGCACGUCGCCAAGCACUUUGUCGCCCUCAGCACCAACGUCAAGGCCGCCACCGACUUUGGCAUCGCACAGGAAAACAUGUUCAAGUUCUGGGACUGGGUCGGAGGCCGCUACUCGCUCUGGAGCGCCAUCGGCCUCAGCAUCGCCCUCGUCAUCGGCUACGAGCGCUUCGAGGAGCUUCUCCGCGGCGCCCACCAGAUGGACCUCCAUUUCAAGAACGCCGAGCUCAAGGACAACCUCCCCGUCAUCCUCGCCCUGAUCGGCAUCUGGUACAACGACUUCUUUGGCUCCGAGACCCAGGCCAUCCUCCCGUACGACCAGUACAUGCACAAGUUUGCCGACUACUUCCAGCAGGGCGACAUGGAGUCGAACGGCAAGUUCAUCACCAAGAACUCGGAGCGGGUCAACUACCACACUGGCCCGAUUAUCUGGGGUCAGGCGGGCACCAACGGCCAGCACGCCUUCUACCAGCUGAUCCACCAGGGCACCAAGCUCAUCCCGUGCGACUUUAUCGCGCCCGUCGAGACGCACAACCGCGUCGGCGAGCACCACGAGAUCCUGCUGUCCAACUUCUUUGCGCAGCCCGAGGCGCUGGCUUUCGGCAAGUCCGAGGACGAGGUGCGCGCCGAGCUGGGCGCCCAGGCGUCCAACGAGUUCCUGGUCAAGUCCAAGGUGUUUGAGGGCAACCGACCCACCAACUCGAUUAUGCUGCAGAAGAUUACGCCGGCCGCGCUGGGCGCCCUGAUUGCGCUGUACGAGCACAAGAUUGCCGUGCAGGGCUUCAUCUGGAGCAUCAACUCGUACGACCAGAUGGGCGUCGAGCUGGGCAAGGUGCUCGCCAAGAAGAUCCUGCCCCUCCUCCAGGCCAAGGACGCCUCCAAGGUCGACGGAGCCGGCCACGACUCGAGCACCAGCGGCCUGCUCAAGUUCUACCUCAACAACGCAAAGUGA